AUGGCACUUGCGGUGGCUUGUGGUGACAGACAGCCGCUCUCAGCCAAUCGCGCGCCGUGUGAUCAGCUGACCGCCCCCCCUCCUCUCCCCCCUCCUCUCCCUCAGCGCCAGGCGUGGAAACAGAGCCAUCUCAGCAAGGUGUUACUGCUGCUUGGAGAUUGCAGGAUUAAACUGCAUCCCAAUACACUACCUCAACUUCAGACAGGGUGGUUGAUGAUCGAGAUACAUCAACUCUUCAAGUGGACGUCGCCUGCUAUCGCUCCACACCAUGGCUAA